GCGCGAGCGGCGCUCUGGCGCGGGCGGCUCUAUGGUGGCGGCCGUUGGCGCGACGGCGCUUCCGGCGGGCGCGGGGGCCUGUGGGGGAUCGCCGCGCGCCACUUCUGCCUGGCAGUGCGAGGGAGCGGAGCCGCCAUGUCUCACACAAUUCUACUUGUCCAGCCUACCAAGAGACCAGAAGGCAGAACAUACGCUGAUUAUGAAUCGGUGAAUGAGUGCAUGGAAGGAGUCUGUAAAAUGUAUGAAGAGCAUCUGAAGAGAAUGAAUCCCAACAGUCCAUCCAUUACAUAUGAUAUCAGCCAAUUGUUUGACUUCAUUGAUGACUUGGCAGACCUCAGCUGUCUUGUUUACCGUGCUGACACUCAGACAUACCAACCGUACAAUAAAGACUGGAUAAAGGAGAAGAUCUACGUCCUCCUUCGCAGGCAGGCCCAGCAAGCAAGCAAAUAAUGGGGGCACCAUCAUCACAUGGGUUUGGGGGAGGGCUUGGACAACAGGUGUGUACAGAGUGUAGUAGUGAACGUUUUGUAUUAUAGUCAUCCUGUUGCCAUCUUGAUAAACUCUUUAGUCAGGACUGAAUGUAUUGUUAGAGAUACAAGGAUUUUGUUGGAUUUGUCUUUUUUUUUCAGUGUAAAUGGAGAAGAAAGUACAACAUCUUCUGCGGAGAUUUAAUUUGGGUUUUUUCCUCCAGUUAGCUAAUGGUCCUACUUUAUUUGAACCCUUGGGGCUGUUCACAUUGUACUUCACCACAUUUGCUGUAUGUGCCCUUCUGUGGGCUUUCCAACAUUUGGUUACAUCCUUGAGAUGGUCCUAAUGGGAAAUAAAACUACCCUUUGGUUAAAUUUGA